AUGAAAGCGCCGAAGGCACCUAAGGCACCGAAAACGAAAGCACCAAAGGCAACGAAGGCAACGAAAGCAUCGAAGGCAAAGAAGGCACCUCGUAUCACACGUCGAACUACGAAACGCAGGCGGUCGGAAGAGUCAGACGGGUAUGACGAAAGUGUGUUGGACGCCUCAGAAAGCGAGCCCUCCACAUCAUCAGACCAGAGCGGGAGCGAAUACGCAGCCAGCAAUUCCAGCAGCCAUAGUGAUGAUGAUGCUGAAAUCACAUCAUUAAGACGAGGUUCCAAGGGAGUGAAGAUAGUAACAUCACAUUCUCGCUCUAAGAAAAGCACGAUUACCAAAGCGGCGCCAACUCGCAGGAGCAAACGAUCGAAGAGAAAUGAUGAGGUAUCUGAUAAGUCCGCAUCUUUUCCGGAUUCAUCAUCCUUUGAUCAAAGCGAAGGGGCGUAUGCUAUUCCACUGGGAGAGCGCAAUGCGCUUAUCAAUAACUUGACACGAGAGAGAGCAAAGCGGAUGCUUGAAUCGAUUGAGGUCCCCGACGCAAAGGAGCUUUCGGCGGAUGAGCAUCGCACUGCCCAUCAACUGCUUACUCGUGGUUGUAUGCCUGCGAUUCCAAUGCACUGGGCGAAAGAUUUCUCGACCCUUCCAGAGUCGUUGUUCUUCACCGUGCAGGACAACGUAUCAAUACAUCAGGACGGCGAAUUCGUCCUGAAGGCCGACAAAGGCACCGAGUUUCAUGCAAUUUGUGCUUUUAGAGAACUGUUGAAAAUAUGCGGUGUCGUGAGAGAUCACUGCAACAUCCUCGAAGAUGGCCCAGAGCGUUCAGUUCAGAAGGCAAUCGAAAGAUACAUUCGCUGGGCCUUGGAUGAUGGCCACAUCAGAGUCCAGCCAUCGACAACUCCGGUAUAUAUGAUCCAUUGCAAGAAGGCCCACGAAGGAGCCAAAGCAGCAUUUUCCCGGGCAUUCAACGGCCUGGAAGAGUUAACCAACACAUGGAGAAAUCAGAUUCCAAAUCCUGCCAAACCCGCAGUCUGGCCAUCCUUGAUGGGGUAUAUUAUUUGUGGACCUGUUCUCUCUGUUGUGACCCUGGAUAGCAAUCCUAAUCCCCAGACUGAAACUCGGGGAAUGAGACUAUUGGGCCAAUUUGAUCUCUCGGAUGUCAAUAACGAUGUUUGGAACACAUUGGCUCUCGCCAUCUCUGUAAUGCACAUCAAACGCACCAUGACUAAGCUUGCUAAAGCAUUCAAGCGUCCUUUCACAGCCUCGAUUGUCAAGGACGCAAGUAAGUGCAUCACAGACAUCGACGUUUGA